UCUCAAACUUACAAAAAUCAAAGUGACUGAAAGUGAUCGCUCGUCGCUGAUGUUAAUGUUAUUUUAAGUUAGUGUUCUGUUAUUUUGUGCUAAAUAAUAAUAUUAUUUUCAUAAAAAUGGACCGAAUAACAUUCGCAAUAAUAUGUGUUUGCUCUGUAAUAUCUGCAGUAAAAGGAUCACCAAUAGGAGAGGUUCAGCUUCAAAUGGCCAAUGUGUUACAAAAUCUAGCAAACAAAUGUGAUAACUUGUUUCUGAAUGAAAUGAUAAACAAUAAAAUUGAUGAUUGUACAGAUAUCAAGCCAUUCACAACCAAAAACUUGCAGUGUGUUAUGUUUUACGAUGUAACUCAACAGUUGUGUUUGACUUUUGCUCAAACAAAUUUCGACUUGAAAGAAAAUUAUAGAAGUAAAAUGAAUUUAAGUCAAAAUACUAUUGCUUUGUGCGAUGAAGCAAAGACAUGGAAAUUAACAAGUUUAAUUAAUAAUAAUCAGGAUAACAAGAUGUUAAAAAUAUUGAACAACCAGGAAAAGUGUAUAAAGGUGUGUGCUUCUGAGGAUAUAUUGAGUGAAGAAGCCAACUUCUAUUGUAAAUAUUACAAAUGGGGCUUGGAGAUAUUGCACAAUACAACAAGCAACAAACAGCCAUCUUCUGAGUCUGUGGUUGUGCUGCCAGCAAAUUCUACACAAACAAAUGACAAAAAGCUAGAGAGUCCUGUUGUCACAAAUCAAAUUGCAAGUGGUCAAGCCAGUGAUGACGCAGAGCCCAAACAAAUAGUGUCUUCUGUGCAGUCAACCAAACUACCACCCAGUUCAACUGUUGAAGUAUCUCAAGGAACUAGACUGGUAAUACCACUAGUUCAAGAGUCAUCAUCAUCUCAAAAGCAAGAAUCAACUGCGAAUGAUAAAGAAGAAGUAAAGCCAGUUCAAUCGGAAAGUGAAGUAGAAAAGCCUUUCAAAGAGCAAUCACCGGACCCAGCAAUUGACAAAAGAAUAGAGCAACAAACUUUAUUAAAACCUAUUCUUGUCAAUCCAAAUGUGAAACAAAAUGACUUAGAAGAUGAUCCUGAUAUGGAAUUUGGAAAUGAUCUUGAUCCUGAAGAUGACCCCAUGGAUCAAGAUAACCUGAAUGGUGAUGGUGAUACAAUGUUAAAUGCAAAGCCUAACUUCAAAAUUGAUGGUGAUAAGAUGAAAGAAGAUGAAAUUAUCAAUCAAUCACCUGUUUCAUCAUUUAGUAGAGAUAUUCCACAAAGAGAACCAAUAUAUCCAAAUACCCUCCCUGACGCAUACGCCGAGGAAGAUGAUCACUUUUUCCCGUUCUUCCUGUCGACAAUUGUGUUUGUGGUUCUGCUGUAUGUCAUCUACCACAAUAAAAGCAAACUCACGAAAAUGGCUUUAGGAUUGAUAGUAGAAGGUCGCCAAUCCAACCGUCGUAGGACAAGUCGAGGACAUGCGUACAGGCGGUUGGACACAUUGGAGCAGGCGAUGAGCACAAAUAGUACCGCACCUCCGAGCAAAAUUAUAUAUUGAGUGAUAUAGUGAUGUAGCUCAACUCAUUUUCUUCACAGAAUUAAUAUUCAUCAAUAUUAAUACUAUACAGCAGGGGCGUGCAUAUCAUAUAGGCUUGAACCUAAAUAUAUAUAGAACUAGUGUAAUAGUUAUUUAUACAACUGUUGUGUAAUAAGGGGUAUUAAAACACGAAUGUGGGUUGGUGAUAAUAGUAUCACAUGAGUGUUUUAAUACCUAAUUAUCAACAGUUGCAUACAAGAAUUUAUCUACACCCAGAAUAUGAAUCCUCUAAAAGAUUCUGAAACAGUUAUCUUACUGCUAACAUUAAAAGUAGUGACCUAAUAUCAUCCAUUACUGAUUAUAUACAAAUAAACUAAGUAAUAAUGAAAGAAUUAUUUAUUUUAGUAGUAAUUUACAUUUUGUAUAGUACAAUUAUAAAAAUUCACUUGAAUAUUAUGUUCUUUUGCAGUGUUUAAAAUAUCUCUCGGUGUGCUGUCAAAACUUGAAUCGCUCAUUUUUGUAAACAAAACAAUAUUAUUUGUAAACAAAUAUCAAAGAAAAAUGGCGGGGAUUCGAAUUACCUACUUUUUUUUACGGCGCGUAAACGAUAAUGUUCUUUUUUUUUUAAUUCAUUCAGAUACCUCGCAUCGAGCAAUAAGAAUGUGGCUGUCUGUUGAAACUGCGCAUGAAUGGAUCGAAAAAAUCAAAUUAGUGUUGUUAUGAAAUUCAGUACAACAUUACAACACUCGUUUGGAUGAUUUAAUGGAUAUUAGGACAUUGGGUGUUUUCAUGUUGGCAAUAAGCUAACUGUUUCAGAAUCUUUAAUAGAAGAUUUAAAGCAUGGGUGUCCAUAAAAGUUAUUUUUACUACCUACGGCAGUCUACAGAUUGCAUAUACGAAGCAAUCAGCGUUUCAUACAACUUAUAUCGUACUGUCGGACUAAAGCGAAACUACCACUAGUUAGAUGUAAAGUGCCUACCUUACUAGAAAACCAAUGCGCGCCCCUGCUAUAGAGAAGCAACUGAUAUAAGUUAUUUUUACACGGUUAAUUAUUUAAGGUCCAUCCUUCACAAGAUAGUACUUGUUCUUAUUUUGAUUUUCUACUAUUUUUUUAAAUAUUAGAAGAAUUGAAUCAAGACUAACUAUAAAUAAAAUACUUUUUGAAGGAUUUAAACUCGUGUAAUUGUAACUGUAUUUUCACAUUAGAUUUUUGCAUAAAAGUUACGUUUUUUAUUGUUAUUCGUCAGUGUUUGUUAUUCACUUAACAACUAUUGUCACUGAGACAGUUAACUAUAUAUGUAAAUUAAAAUUCACUGACUUUUCCACUAAGUUUAUUGGUUAAUAAUUCACUGUACAAAUAAAUAUUAGGAGCACUGUAUAACAAUGACUGUUUUAAGAUAUGGCCGAGGCAGAAGGAAAGAGUAUGAAAUAAUUUAAAAAUAAAAUUUACAAAAAUCAACCGACUUCAAAAACACUAUUCCAAAUAAUAGAUAUAAUAAUAUGAACUAAAAAGUAUAAAAAUAAUAUUUAAUCUAAUUCUAGUUACGAUUAUUGUUCAUUCACACGGAAAGCUAGCUUUCAAAUAAAAAAGAAUAAUCAAAUUAGGUUCACACAGUCGAAAGUACUGAUGUAACAAACAUAAAAAAACAUACCGGCGAAUUGAGAACCACCUCCUUUUUUGGAGUCGGUCAAAAACUACAUAAUAUCCGAAGUGAGCGUAAUCAUAGAGUAGACAAUGAUAUUUUAUUAGCAUAUAAUAAUAAACAGGUUAAAUAAAAUACUAAUAAAAAGUAACUUUUACGCAAAAAUCGAAUGUAAAAAUAGUUGUAGUUGCUAUUCUAUAUUAUGUAUUUUCACACAUAAUUUCAUUGCCACAUGUUAAGGUUAAAAAAAAAAAACAACUUCACUUCUAGUCUUCUAUGACGUUUAUCUAUAACUCAUGUGUACGGGAAAAAGUACAUAUAGUUUGUAUUGUAAUAAUUUAUUUGUAAAUAUAAUUGGUACCGAUUUUUUACUUUGUGAUAUUGUUUUUGGUAUUUGGUGAUGGAAUAAAAACGCAUAAGUGAGAAGUACAAUACGAUAUUUAUAUUAUUAUUAGGUGUAAUACAUUGAUAUAGUAAGUACUAUUGGUUGAUAUAGUAGGUCUGAUGGUAGGUAUAAGAUUAGUACCAACAAUAUUUUAAUGUUGCGUAUACCUUAUAAAAGUGGAUCUUUGAUAUUGUGAUUGUAUGACAUGUGAAAUAGAAAAAAAAAAUUGAUGGUAUAAAAUGACUGUUGAUAAAGAAAAUAACAGAUGUCAUUAUUACGUAAGAAUCAAUUUUUAUAAGGGAAAACGCUGUGUGCAGAAGGGCUUUAUUGCAUAGAGACACCACGGUGGCGCAACCAGUCGCCGCAAUCAACAGAAUGUAUUAAUUAUAUAAAGCUCUAUGGAGAGUUACUCUCCUGGUGUCCGCUUGGUUGCGCAACCUAUUUGGUGGUGCGACCAGCUGGUUGGUUGACCAGGUGUCUAGUUUGGUAGCUUACGGAGUUGGAGACCUUAGACAUGCAACCAGUGGCGCCACCGUGGUGUCCCGGUGAUAUAUAGCCCUAAAACCACACACCAUAAUUUAAAACUUCAUCCAAGCGAGGUUAAUAAUUCAAAAUUCAAUCGUCCAAGCGAGAUUAAUAAUUCAAAACACAAUCAUCCAAGCAAAGUUAAUUAUUCGAAAUACAAUCAUACAACCGAUGUUAAUAAUUCGAAACAAUCAUCCAAGCCAGCUUAAUAAUUCGAAAUACAGUCAUCCAAGCGAGGCUAAUAAUUCGAAAUAGUCAUCCAAGCGAGGUUAAUAAUUCGAAAUACAAUCAUUCAAGCGAGGUUAAUAAUUGGAAAUACAAUCAUCCAUGCGAGGUUAAUAAUUCGAAAUACAUUCAUCCAAACGAGGUUAAUAAUUCGAAAUACCAUCAUCCAAGCGAGGUAAAUAAUACGAAAUACAAUCAUCUAAGCGAGGUUAAUAAUUCGAAAUACAAAUAUGCUAACUGAACGCGUCUUCCUUAGUCGACUCGAGUCGACUUUACCCGAACGAGCGUGCGUGACGUCAGCUACAAAAGAGAGUACUCCUAAAGAAGUUUAUAUUUCAAAAAGAAAUAUCCUAGCCAUCCAAUCCUAUGUCAAAAAUCUACCAGAAUACCUCGGCAAUAUUGUAUGCACUAGUAUAUAUAGCCCAUACACAAGUAUUGUAAACAGCACAUUCAUACUAAAGUAACUCAUCUCGGAACGAACAAAUAUGAAUGCACUCAUAGAGCCGUCAGAAUUUAUAAUGGAACUAGAUCAGGCAAUAUCAAAGUAUUUUUAUAGCCGAUAAAUUUUCCCAGCAAUCAAUAACACACGUGUAGCUAUAUACACUGGCCUGCAAAAGUAAGUAUCACACUUUUCAAAUUAAUUUUUUUUCUUAACUAUAGAAGGUAGAGAUUUAAGAUUAAAAACGUUUUGUUGCAAAUUUUAUAGGCUUUAAUUCUUAGUAACUAAAAUUAUACAUUAGUAACAUUAUUAACCUAAAAAAGAUAAAACAAUGAAAAUAGACAUUUUUAAUUUAGUGUAAAAAAAUUCAACUAAAAUGUAUUACAUGUUAUUUAAUUUUUAAUAACUGGUAUUGCCUCCUCGACCUCUGAUUACAGCUUCGAGCCGGUUUGGCAUACUGAAUACUAGGUUUCGGAGCCGAUGUUGGGGAAUAUUCUCCCAUUCUUCUACCAGGGCCUGCUUUAGUGCCCUGAGGGUAGUAGGUUUAGGCGUAGGUAGGUUAGUAGGCGAUUUCUGACUUGCCUCCCAAGCUCAUCCCAGGCGUGUUCAAUCUGGUUGAGAUCAGGACUUCAUGAUGGCCAAGCCAUCACGCUGAUACCGACCUCCUGAAUAUACUCUUGUACGAUAUGAGCCGUGUGUGGCCGGACAUUAUCAUGCAUCAGCAUCGAUCCAUCACCCAUAUUUGCUAAAUACGGGCCUGCAUACUCAUUGAGAAUCUCUUGAGCAUAUCUUUGCCCAGUGAGGGUGCCAUUUUCUAUGGCUACUAGCUCUGUGCGACCUGCUGAAGAUAUGCCAGCCCAUACAUGUACACUGCCUCCACCGUAUUGGACUCUUUCUGAGAUGCAGGCUUGAAGGUAUCGUUCACCAGGUCGCCUGUAAACACUUCGCCUUCCAUAAGAAGUGUAAAGGGAGAAUCGAGACUCAUCUGCAAACAAAAUUCUUGACCAUUCUUCUUCAUCCCACUGCAUGUGUUCACGGGCGUAUCGCAGUCUCGCUACUCGAUGCUGUUACUCGAUUUUUGGGCCACUCGCUGGUCUUCGGGGUUUCAAAUUUGCUUCAGCAAGUCUUCUUCUCACUGUACUGUCACUAAUGUAGUCCCUCCGGGUCUGAAGUAGCUGUUGCUGGACUUCAACUGCAUUUUGGUGGCGAUUUCUUAACACAGUCGAAAUAAUAUAACGAUCUUCUCGGGCACUGGUACACAUGGGUCUGCCAUUACAAGGUCUCCUCAGAUGGUGUUCUGUUCUUCGUACCUUUGCUUUACCUUCUGGACCGUUCGUACCGUCACACCCACCAUUCUUGCAGUGCGACGCAUACUGAUGCCUAGAUGACAUUCUUCAACUGAAAGAGGCAUGAUAAAUAAAUGUUAUGUGCUUUUUAGCAUAAAUUUUUAAAACAAGACCCAUCGAUCUUGAAAAUAAUUUAAAACAGAAAGAAAAAUGUGACUGGUGAAAUUGUAAUUGGGAAACGUCCACUUUGAAAAAGGAAUGGUUUUGUUUUUGAAGUUUUUUUUCAGCCAAUUCUUAAAAGAAGGUUACCGACUAUAAAGUUUUUAUGUACAAAAUCAAAUUCUCUUUGGAGUCCUCUUUAUUUCGAAAGUAUAUCUUGUGAACUUAAAACGUUAUCCCAAUUUUAAAAGUGUGAUACUUACUUUUGAAGGCCAGUGUAGUAAAAUGUACACAUAUUAAAUAUUUAUAAAUCACACAACUGUAGAAAUAAAUAAUAGAUUUUUGAUAACUUCUAGAUCUUUCAUUAUAAUUAUUAUCAUUCUAAAGCCUUAUGGUUUCAUGUUUUUCUCAAGAGAGACCCUUUUAAUUCAAUUAUAUAUAUCUAAGUUAUUUAUUAAUACGGAUUUAAUUACGAUUUAUCCGUGUGGGUAUCGCCUAGGUUCCUGACCAUUCGGAGGUCCUUCAUCAGGGUGAGGGUAGUGGGUUCGCGAUAGCGUUCCGUCUCUUACUGCGGACUUGUGCUCGUAGUGCGCGGCUUUACAGGGUGGGGGACGCGGGGUGCGGUACGGUAUCACUGACACUAUGUUACACAAUACACAUAAUGUACUCACAAUGAUCAGGCAUAAAAGGCAUUCAUUUUCUCAAAAUUAAUUCCUUUAGAAUUCUUUUUGAUGUCAUUUCUAAUAACUACUAGAUACUACUACCGCUUCGGAAACAAAUGGCGCUCUGAGAGACAAGAAGCGGCGCAAGAAACUCUCCCAACAUUCUUUUUUUGCGCUCUUUUCAAUAAAAAUAUACAAUAUUAUACAGUCAUUUCUAUCGCUAUAAAAUAAUCACAAUCUAGUCCCAGGCUGUCCGAUCAUUUAGAUAUUCAGCAGUGGAGUAAUAGGAUUUACGACAGAGCCAUUUUUUUUAUAAAAUAUUUAAAUUUAUUUAUAGAUAAGAUAGAGACUUUAUUAUAGAAGUGUAUACAUUUACCCUUAAAGCUAUUAUGUAUCUUAUGAAGCCUACUAAAAUUAGUUACAAGCAAUCCCUUAUUUCUAGUGUUAUAAAUAAUGAAAAUCACUAUUAAGAGCAAAAGUAGUAGACUCGAGAGAAUGGACGUAAUCACGAACCCACUCCAUUCACCCUGAUGAAGGACCUCCGAAUGGUCCGAAACUAGUCAGUACCGACACCGAUAAAUCGUGAGUAAAGCCGUAGUAAUAAAAAACUUCACAAUGUCUCACGAAAGUUUAAAUAAUUUAAUAGAUGUAUAUCUAAUUAUCAAAAUAUAAUUUGUAGUUUAUUUUUGUUUAUGAAUUUGUAUAGAUUUUCUCUUGUAUCACAUAAUUUAAUAUGUCCGAACAUAAUAUAACAAGGCCUUCAUAGUCUAAAUAGUACUUGUAAUAAUGCCUGAACGAUUUUUAACCUCGAUUCGAAAAUUGAUUUGUACUCUAAUAUUAGCUUUAAAGAAAUAAAAUUUGUUUAAGUAUUUAAAAUUUUAUUUAGCAAUUAUUGUUUACGAAUAACACUGUAAUUUAACUAUUUCUUAUUUACAAUGAAAUAAAUUUUGUUUU